CUAUUCUCACUCCGCAUAUUGGUAUUUGAUUGGCCUCCAUACUCCAGUCACCCUUUCACAGACUGGUACCUUUUCCAUUCUAGUCAGCUCGAGUCGAGCGCCAGGACCCUGACAUGGGUGAACAUGCAGGGCUCCUCUACUCGUUGACAUCCUGACUAGUAGCUAGGAACUGCAUAUCUAGUAUCCUCCCCCCGGGAAACAAAGCGCAUUACGAGCCCGUAUGUGUGAGUAAAUGAUUCAUUUAUAAGAUUCAACUUCUCCUAGGACUUGGCCGUUGAUGUCGCGCAGCACAAGUGGACCCUUGAAAGCUUGGUAGUGGCCGAUGAAUUAUUCGACGAGCUGGCUCACUUAUCUUCUUCGAUAUUCAGGGACUUUGUGUUUUGCGGCAAUACCGUCUACGUGGAUGAUGUCAACUAUCUCGAUUAACGAAUGACUCGAACACCGUUCGGGCUAACCAUCCGCUUUUCGUCACUCGACUGACUAUUAUUCGAUAACAUUACCAAAACCUACAUAUGCGGACCCAUCCGAGUGGUUUUGAUCGAGAGCUAAAAUUAAGCUACGGUACCUGUCGACUAGCCAAUUCAUUCAUUAUCCUGAUAAUAUACCCUACCUCCUUUCGAUUUUGAAGUACCGAACUCCUUAGGUAUUGUGAGAGAUGGCGGGCAGCGAUCUGUCAGAUGAAGUGCUCAACGCCAUCAGCGUCAUUGAGCGAGUUGGCUCCGUGUUCUCGAUGUUGGGAUGCCUUUUCGUCAUCCUCACUUUUACUUUUUCGAAGGCAUUUCACAAGCCGAUCAACCGACUAGUCUUCUACGCCUCCUUCGGUAACCUGAUGACAAACGUGGGGUCGCUGUUAUCGAGGAGAUAUGUGUUAGAAGUCGACUCAUUUGGAUGUCAAUUUCAGGCAUUCCUCAUUCAGAUGUUCCUACCUGCAGAUGCUCUAUGGACUCUGGCAAUGGCGUUCAAUGUAUACCUGACUUUCUACCACAAGUUUGACGCCGCCAGGCUCCGGAAGAUGGAAAUUUACUAUCUCUUGCUAUGUUAUGGUAUUCCAUUCAUACCCGCGCUCGCUUAUGUCUUCGUGAAGAGUGAAAGGUCUGGGAGGAUGUAUGGUAACGCUACUUUAUGGUGCUGGGUCAGCUCUGACUACGACAUCUUUCGAAUUGCUACUUUCUACGGGCCGGUUUGGGUCGUUAUCUUACUCACUAUGUUCAUCUAUAUCAGAACAGGCGGAGAGAUAUACAGGAAGCGGAAACAACUACGUCAAUUCGGAGCCAGCAGUAGUGCUCACGACCCUGAGGCGAUAACCAUGGACGACCCUUACUCAGUCAAGACGACCGAGGUGACCGUCACCAGCGAAUCCGCCCAAGACAGCACAAAUGGGAUCGACCUUGCUCCGCUCGGUCGGUUCACUGAGAGACCCAGGCCAGCGUACUCAGUAAUGAUCUCGUCUGAUAACAAAAAGGGCAACCAGUCACAGCAAGGGGGCGGCGGUACACGCCCUGCCACGAGUAACAUACCACCGACUCCAUCAACUGCUCGGGCACAGGCAAAGUCUCAAAAGCGAAGGGCAAAUUUCGAGGCCAAUAACGCCGCGUGGUCCUAUAGCAAGUGUGCCCUCCUUUUUUUCACGGCGCUCCUUGUCACCUGGAUUCCGUCUUCGGCCAAUCGGGUGUACAGUCUUGUCAACACGAAUAAAACAGAAGCGUCCCUAGAGAUCAUGAGUGCGAUCGUGUUACCGCUCCAGGGCUUCUGGAAUAUGUUUAUCUACGUAGCGACCAGUUGGGAGGCGGUGAAGAUUACGUUCGCCGAUGUUAUGAAUCGGAUCAACGGUCAACGUCCCGAGCCGAAUCGUUACCCGAGCGAGUUCCACGAUAAGCAUAAUUUCGCCUUCAGGCUUCCGAGUCGGAGUCCACGACGAGACCUCGAAAGCGAAAGCAUGACCGAGCUAGCCAACAGUGGCAGGACGUCUAAUUCGGCCCAUGAUUCCAAGGGAUAGACGCUAUGAGCGCAUUACAGGUUGUAUUACGAAGUGUAUUCUUGUUUAUUCUACUUCUUGGGCAUAUUUGAAAGGCAGCUUUCGGUUGUAUUAAAAU